CAUUCAACUUGAUCUACAGUAGGUUUAUUCCAUGUACUGUGCAGGCUGCACAUUAAGUGUUUCAUUCUGGCUUCCCGCAGCACAUAUGACUAUGAGUUGACUACAUAAUAUUGAAGCCUGCAGCAUGAAACCAGAGAAGGUCUGUGUGAUUGCUGUCCAUCCUGAUUGCCUGUGAGAAGAACCUCCGCCAUGCAGAUCCUUCUGCAGAAGAAGGCGUCCUUCUGGCACCGCCGCAUGCACUGCCUGCUCAUGUACUCUGCCUCCGAGUGCGCCCCCAGCAGCAAAACGGGCUCGGCCAGGUCACCUGAGCUGCCGCCCAAGCGUCUGCUGACGACGUCUAGUGCCUUAUCUCAGUGUCCCGUUCACGGGAUGCUCACUGCGAAGCCCCUGUCUCCUGAAGAGCAGGGUGGUACAUCCACUGGCCGAGGAGGUGCCAGCAAGGUGGAGAACAGCACCGGGUACGCCUGUCAGAAGUGGCUGCACGACAGCACCGAACACAAGGACAGGUUGUCGUAUCUUCGCUCUGACGUCAGCAUGAGCGACUGCAGCCCAAACUCGAUCGGUCGUGCGAGCUUGGCGAAAGCAAACGCUUCUCGUCACAUAGUUGCAGCCGUGGGGGAGGCCUCCCACUUCUCGUGUAGCCUGGUUGGCUGUGAGUGCCAAACGGUUCCUAACAACACCUCUCCGAGAUUUGUAGGUGCGUGGAAAAGAAAGCUAGACAGCACCUACAGUCAUGCUGAGAAGGCCUGGGAGGGGGGAGCAACUGGUUUUACACCAGGAAAGAAAGACACAGAAGCGCCAAAACUGCAGUGCUCCUGUCAGAACAGUCGUUUUGCUCUCUGCAAGGAUGGAAGUGAAGUGUACUGGGUGAACAGUUUUCGAAAAGCUGGUAAUACAAACACAAAUCUCGCUCAAAAUGCUGCUAGGAAGUACAACACUGCAGGACUGUUCUCUACGUCUCUUGACAAGAAGUUGAGUCCGACCCAGCCGGUGGGAAGUUGUGGCUACGCGACGUCUGCAGCACAGCCGGUGAUCGAGCGAUCGCCGACCGUGGUGUCCAAGACAAGCCGUGUGAUGGCCACGCUGCAGAACGCGUACAUGCUGCCCAUGUCCUUCAUGAACGGCGCAGCGCACGACCUGAAGAGAUUCCUGGAAGAGGUUGGCACAGACCCUAAGGAGGCACGCUAUUGGCUGAAACAGUUCCAGCGGUCCACUGAUGCAGACCACCCAUUCGCUGUUGUGCAGGUGGACCAGGAAGUGUUUACUAAACCUGAGAUGCUGGAAGGUCUUGGGUCGUGCCUGGCGUUCUUACACCGCCACGACAUGAAGCCGGUUAUCGUGCACGGCUGCGCUGUACCAGAAGAAGUGGAGAUGACACCACAAGUCUUGUAUAAUGUGAAGAACCAGCUGGUAGAGGACAGUAUGCGGAUGGUGAAUGUACUGGAGGCCCAGGGUGCCCCGGCUCGACCGCUCUUCAGCGGAGGCUGCAUCCUGGAGGCGGAGCCAAAGAACCCGCUCAGUGCUGACUUGAGAGGAACUGUGAAGGAGGUGAACCCGGAACCACUGAAGUGGUGUCUCAGAUCUGGACACAUCCCAGUCAUCAGCACCCUGGGAGAGACGUCUACUGGACAGGUCAUGACCAUCGACUCCUCGGAAGCCACCGAGCAGAUCUCCCAGAUCCUGGCUCCCCUCAAGGUCAUGUUCUUAAACACCCAGGGGGGCAUCGUGGACAGAGGUGACCAGCAGACUGUUGUUCAGGUGAAUCUUCCAGCAGAUCUAGAAAACCUCCUACAGCAGCCCUGGUGCACACUAGCCAUUAAACAGAAGGUGCUGCGCAUCUCAGAACUGCUGAACAAGCUUCCGCCUGAGUCUUCUGUGGUCAUCACGUCAGCCAACGCUGUCCUGACUGAGCUGUUCACACACCAUGGAUCAGGGACGUUCUUUAAGAACACAGAACCCAUCAAGAAGUACAAGAACCUGGCAGAUGUGGACCUGAAACGUCUGAACGAGCUCAUUAAAAGGUCCUUUGGCCGAGUUCUGAAGGAUGACUACUGGGAGAGACUGCAGGACAGACUGAACACUCUGUACCUGUCUGAGGGGUACAAUGCUGCAGCCAUUGUGACUAAUGAACAGGUGGAUGGAAUGCCGUACUUGGACAAGUUUUCCGUCAGCACACAGAUACAGAAUGAUGAAAAGGCUAGGGCCAGGGAAGAGUAUUACUACCGAGAACAACUAGAGGGCCAGGGUACCAGUGAGAUGCUGUGGGAACAUGUCCGCCGAGACUUCAAGUCUCUCUUCUGGCGUUCUCGAGGAAGCAACAAGAUUAACCCCUGGUACUUCAAGAGAUCUGAGGGGAGUUGGAGUGAUGGACAGUGGACAGUGUUCUGGUACGGAGUGUCCCAGCCCAAACUGUCGUAUGAACUGGUCGACUUUGCUGCCAAGCUGCCGUCUUCCUUCACUGAGGAUGAUGACAUUGGUUCCAAGGCAUCAAUUGCAGAGUGAGCUUCCUGCAACUGACAGUUCCAGCAUCUUUAGAAAGGGUAGAAGAAGCAUCUGUUAACAUCUUGAGGUGAAGAAACAAAUCAAUAAAAACAGUUCUGUUCAUCUUCGUUGCAGCAGCAAGCUUAAGCCACAUUGCAAGAGUUUUGUUCUGGUUAAUUUUCUUGAAUUCGUUGAAUAUUUUAAUUUGCAUUUCUUCCAUCAUGUACCACAACCAUGCAGGAACUAGGAUCGUCAUUCAAAGAAAAUACUUGUAUUAUGAAUAUGUGCUUAACCCACUAAUGAAGUGAAAUCUUCCAGGGAGGUUUCUGAACUCCUUAGCCCAUGUGUUUAAAGUCAUAUAGAGGUUAUUUUCACCAUGAUCUAUGAAGUCUCCUAACUUACUUUAAGUUCAUGCUUGGAGGUGCUGCGGUUCAAAGAAAUGUUGCAACACAAUGCAAGUAACCACAAGAGCCGCAAACGUAAUGCCACUUUGAACAUAAAUACAUAAUACAAAAUGAAAUGGUAUGCAAUUUCUUAAACUUCUCUCUUUGCUGUAGCCAUUUGGAACCAAAUUUGUAUUAGUGGUGAGGUUAUUUAGCUGGGAGAAGAUUAAGUCGAUUUGGUUUUAGGGCUUUGGGACCACAUUUUUUUAAUUUUCAGAUAGCCAAGUGAGCCAAGUCCCAUUCAUUUCAGACAUUUUGUUGUCUUAACUUAAACAUCAUUCAUUUUGAUAUUGCAUUUUGUAUCUGCAUUUGAUUUCAGUCACUUUUUAUAUCCUGUUGUUGCAUACAUAUUGUACAUCCAAUGGCACAUUGUUUUUAAUACUGCUUUUAAAUCAUUCUCGAAGCCUAAGACAUUUUACUCCUAAUUUUUCUUUUCCUAUGUUAUUCCUUUUUAUAUAUUAUGUACUCUUUGUUCCAAAGCAUGUUUUUUUAAUGGCCAUACAAAAUGUUUAUGUUAUUAAGUGUGUAAAUUCCAUAAGAUAGAUGGUUUCCUUAUAAUGCAGUGUUAAUCAUGUAACAAUGAACAGUAUGAAAACUGUUUAAAACUCCAAAAUUGUAGAUAUAUAGGCAAUUUUGUAGGUGAAUUUUCUUACCUUGAUAUUUGCUACAUUUUUACAUUGCUGCACAUACCUAGAACUUAUCAUGCCCACAAUACUGCCAUAUUUAUAUGCGUUGCACAGUGGGCCGCUAAAAUUCACGACCUGCGCACAUUUUUGCCAUCCAAAGAAAAAUUAAUCUUGUAUAUGCAGUUUUACUAUGUACAGAAUAAUUCUCUGCAAAAUUUUUUUAUUUAUUGUGAAUAAUCAACAUUUUUCUUCACAGUUAAGAACUCAAGCAACAUUGAAUGUACAGUUUAAUCUUCAAAACUAUGUUGCUUACAUAUACUAGUACGUCAGAGAUUCUUCAGCAAAGCUUCUUUUUUUUAUUAAAGCCAUGGAAAAAACUACAAACAUGAUGAUACAUAAGUGUUGUCUUAAAUAAGUCUAGUGUGUGAAUUGAUCUGUAAAAAUGUUUAGAUUUGUGAGUAACAUAUAAAGGAUACGCUAGACAAGUGUUGGUUAAGUGUUGUUCAAUGUUGAACCCAAGAAAACAACCCACUACUCUUAGACUAGAGUUGGUAGUGACAGACGUACAUUUAGAGAAGAUAUUAAUCCAACAUGGAAACUGAAAAAAGUGUAUAUUUGUGUGAUUUCAUGUUAACUGUUGGAAACCAGUGAACGUAUGAGACAGUUGAGACAACGUGGUAUGAAAAAAGUCAAAAUGUUGCUGAAUUUCAUGUCCCAAUCAAUAGACUAUGGUGUAACCUCUGGUCUUAAACAGUUCUAACUUCAUACAACUUCUGUCAUUUUGUUGUAUUCUAUUUUUCUAAUUGUGACUGCCCUGUUGGGCUUUUAUCCUUAAUACAAUUUGUUUGAAAUUGAGAUUUGAUAACAGUAUUUGAUAUGAUCUUAAACUCUUAAGCUCCUGAAAUUGUUCUUUUGAAUAUGUUGUAAAUAUAACUAAAUUUUCAGGAUCUUUCCCACCUCCCUCCCUCAUCCAUUUUCAAAAAUCUCAUAAUUGUUCUUGAUUUUUAGAAUAUUGGUCCAGCUUUUAUUUUAUCCCAUUUUCUUUCAGAAAGUUUGGAAUGUGUAAAGUACCACCUUAAUCGUUACAUAAUACACUUGUAUUAAUAUUUAAAAUAGUUGGUCUUAGUGAUUUAUUUACUAUAGAAACAAAAAAGUCAUUGUUUGACAAAAUCUGCUUUUUGUGACUAUGAUACGGGUUUAUUAAUGGCAUGGAAGCCAGUGAGAAUUCUCUGACAAACAGUGAAACAUAAUCUAUGGGAGUUGUGACAUUGUGUGAUGCUUUGGUAAUGUUCCGUGUUACAAAAAUGAUGAUUGAUUGUAAUAUUUAUUUUUUUGAAAUCAGUAAAUAUUCACGGUGUG